UUGCUACAAGACCCUAUCGCUCCCACCAACUCCACGUGCCAGCAUUAUGUCUGCAAAAGUUGUAAAGGCAAGAAGAUGAUGAUGAAACCCUCAUGUAGCUGGUGCAAGGACUACGAACAGUUUGAGGAGAACAAGCAGCUGAGCAUCUUAGUGAACUGCUAUAAGAAGCUCUGCGAGUACAUAACGCAGACUCCGCUGGCGCGAGACAUCAUCCAAGCGGUUGAUUGUUCCGCAGACCUUUUGGCUUUGCUCAAAGAUGGCUCCCCACUCCACGAAGAGACAGAAAAACCUUCCGAGGCAGCCUUGGCUUUGUGUUUGACACAUUCCCCGGUACCUUCAACCUCCGAACUCCCGACCGACCCUCCGGCUGGUUUUACGUCGCUCCCCGAAAGCACACACAACAUCGAUAUCAGAGGGUCCGUCAUCAACGGGUUGCCCAAUUGUAACGGGCUUUCGGUCGAUAAACUGGGAGUCAAUAUUCCUUCUCCUGAGCACGCAAACACCAUCGAUGUCUGCAGCACCGGAGAGUACAUCAAAACGGAAGACCUCUCCGGCAGCCUGCAGCCCGUGUGCGACGCGGUUUCCACCAGCGACUUGUGUACGACGGGCAUCGACAUCUGCAGCUUCAGCGAAGACAUCAAACCGGGGGGCUCGCUGCUCCUCAGCGUGGAGGAGGUUCUCCGCAGCUUGGAGACCGUUUCCAACACUGAAGUCUGCGAUUCGAAUUUGCAGCCCGGCCUGGAGGCAAACAUGACUAACGGCCCUUUCCUGCAGCUUUCUCCCCCACCUCUUAGCCAUAACAUUUUCAUGUCCACGGAUGCUUCUCCCCACGGAAUCUCCUGUACGGCGGCCACGCCCAAGGUAGUUAAGUUAAACAGAAAGCGGUCUCGAUCCGAAAGCGACAGCGAAAAGGUUCAACCUCUACCCAUUUCCAGCAUCAUCUGCGGCCCGACGCUGGGGGCAUCGGCCCCGGUGACAGUGAAACAGGAAAAUAAAAUGUCCUUGCAGCCUAUCGCCACCGUACCCAACGGAGGCACGACUCCCAAAAUCAGUAAAACUGUGCUCCUCUCUAACAAAAGCAUGAAAAAGAAUUUAGACCAUCCCCCUAAGAAAUCUCACCCGAAAGCCAAACCCGGGGUGCUGAAAACAAAAGACAAAGCAAAAGAGAAAGUUCCGAGCAGUAACGUUAUGCCGGGAAGCCCGACAAAAACUGUGUAUAAAAAGCCCCAAGAAAAGAAAGGGUGUAAAUGUGGUCGUGCCACCCAAAAUCCAAGUGUUCUUACAUGCCGUGGCCAACGCUGCCCUUGCUAUUCUAACCGCAAAGCCUGCCUUGACUGCAUAUGCCGCGGCUGCCAAAACUCCUACAUGGCUAACGGGGAGAAGAAGCUGGAGGCGUUUGCGGUGCCGGAAAAGGCCUUGGAGCAGACUCGGCUUACUUUGGGCAUUAACGUGACGAGCAUUGCGGUGCGCAAUGCCAGCACGAGCACCAGUGUAAUCAAUGUGACAGGGUCACCAGUAACGACGUUUUUAGCUGCCAGUACACACGACGAGAAAAGUUUGGAUGAAGCUAUAGACAUGAGAUACGACUGUUGAAUAUCUUUUCUUUUCUUUUUUUUUUUUUUUUGGUUUUUUUUUCUUUUUUUUUUGGUUUUUUUUCCCUGCCCUGCGUAGGGGAACUGCUACAGUUUUACGGCAGCUAUGGUUCUGUUUAACUUGCUGGAGCUCCUGCGUUUAGAUCACUUGUAUCAAGUGUUUUUCAUUGCUAUGUUAUGUGUAUUAGUGUCUGGGAAAUAGUUGCAGAUAAUGGAGGAGUUACCCUAAAACUGGUUGGUUUUUUUUUUGGUUUUUUGGUUGGUUUUUUUUUUUUUAGUUCUUACAGCACCUCAUAGUUUUGAGAUCAAUUGCUAAUGUAAAUGAUUUUCUCACAAGAUCUUUGGCAAGGAAAUAUAUUAACCUCAUUGUACUCGGUCAUGCUUUGUGCUCAGUCAAAGCUUCUGCUUAAAUGUAGAAAAGUGGUAUCUAGUUAGUCCAUCCCAACUGUGCUCCAUGAUGGGGCAGAAGAGUAAUUAUCCAUCAGGUCCAGUCACCGUUGCCAGAAAAUAGCCUCAUAUUCCUGUAGGAAACGCAGAGCCUUGAGCUGGAGAAUGGAGUCUGGAACGGGUAGGUCACUUGGGAUGGAGAGAAUGGGUUAUCUGCUCAUGGAAUAGUUUAAAAAGAAAUAAAACCAGAUCAGUAGAUACGUUGAGACAACCAGAAAGCAGCCGAGUCUCCAGCCGGGGGUCGGGACGAUCAGUGGGUGGACAAGACCAUGGAACUGCUCGCUCGGGCACAUCAUCCCUGCUCCAGAACUCAUCUUUUUGUUUUCUUGACAAUCCCCUUCCCCCUGGUCCCGUUUCUGAUCCGUUGUGCCCUCGGUGCCUGCUCUCUUUGACCCAUCACUGACUUUGGGGUGAGAAAAUUCCUUGUAGGCAAAGAAGGCUCAAAUUUUCUUAGUGCCAUUCUCAUCUUUUUUUCAACCCCUUCUUUUUUUUUUUUUUUUUUUUGAGUUCCUACUGAUUUUCCUUCUGUCUGAGAGGGGUUUGUUCCAGAGAGAGACUCCUUGGGUGAUUUAUUCCCUCCCUGCCUCCUGCUGAUCAGUGCCCGGGAUACCCAGAGACUUCCACAGCAAUUAUCAGCU